CUCCUGCUGUAGUCUGCAAGGCUGGUGUCUUAAACUAAUAACGGAUUCUGUUCUCACUCUAGUGCUCACAGUAAAUCUUCACAAGUUGCGUUGGGGCUUUUGUUACCUGCAGCGGUUUGUUUUUAUUGUAUUUACAGGCUUCUGAUCGCUGUAGAGUUAGAGAGAGUUGCGUGGUAUCGCUGCUUAUCCAUGGGGCUCUUCAAAUUGCCGCUGUUUCUGAGCAUUUCCACGACACUUUUAUGUGCCGGUGUUGUGAGGACAGCAGUGUGCUUCUCAGCAGAGGAUUGCAGUGGGAUUCCACCAAAAAAAUGGUCCGAGGAGCCGCCACACUCAUGCCUUGAAAUCAAAGAGAAGACAAAAACAGAGAGAGAUGGGCUAUACUCACUGCAAACGAAGAGCGGGCAGCCCUACCAGGCGUUCUGCGAUAUGAACACCAACGGAGGAGGCUGGACCCUGGUCGCCAGCGUCCACGAGAACAACAUCGCGGCCAAGUGUACCACGGGAGACCGCUGGACCAGUCAGCAGGGCAGCAAUUCUGCAGUUCCAUUCGUAGAUGGAGAUAAAAACUGGGCCAACCUCAACACAUUUGGUGUGCCCGAGUCGGCGACUGAUGACGACUACAAGAACCCGGGAUAUUACGAUCUGGAGGCAAAUGACAUAGCAGUGUGGCAUGUUCCUAACGGGACUCCUUUACCUGCGUGGAAGACAUCAUCGCUCUUUCGCUACCACACGGAGUCGAAGUUUCUGGCUGCCUUUGGAGGAAGCUUUUAUUCCUUUUUCAAGAAUUUCUUCCCAUUAACGUACAAUUCCGGAAGCUGUCCCACCAAUAACGGGCCUGCCUACCCCAUUGUUUAUGACUAUGGAAGUGACGCAGUCGUCAAUUCUCUCAGCUGCCCUAACUGUUUGAGCGGAACGACAUCAGGGUUUGUGCAAUUCAGAGUGUUUAACAACGAGAGAGCCCCAUUUGCCAUCUGCUCUGGGUUGAAGGUCGUCUCCAACUGUGACACUGAACAUUUCUGUGUAGGCGGUGGCGGUUACGUGCCUCAGGAAUCCCCGAAGGAAUGCGGUGACUUUGGUGCCUUCGACUGGAGCGGCUAUGGGACAGGUGUGGAAUGGAGCGCAUCAAAGAAGCUGCUGGAAUCCGCCAUCCUCAUCUACUACCGUUAAUCUGCCACCUGAAAAGCGCCCCGUGAGCAACUAAAGUGAAUUUAUUUACAAAAAAUUGACAGACAUAAGGUUACUGCUAGGGUAGGAGCAGGGGACCUCCCUGACUGGCGGGCCGAAUGUUGCUUACGACUCAAUUUCAUACGGCCCACAGUCGGAAGACCCAAACAAUAUGUAUCCAUUACUGACAUCAUCUUUGCUGCACUAAUCGGCGCAUGAGAAUGAAAUAUUUUCUUUUACAGAUAUGUUUCGUAUAUUUAGAGUGCCCAGUUACUUUCCUCAAUGUAAGGGCCUCAUUUUGCUCUAUCGACACGCACAUUAAUUUUUCAGUCAUUAUUAGAAAAUGCUAAGGUUUAUGUUAAUGUGUGGUCUGCCAGAGAUGAUUUAAAGUCCUAUUCGAUCGUCCAUAAAGAACGUAUACCCCAUCCCUUAUACUCCGGAUUGGUCAUCCAGUUAUGGUCAGGAUGAGUAGAUUGUCCUCUCUUCUAACAAUUUGUAUCCACCCCAACCCAGACCCAUAGUCAUUAUUGCCGAGUCUGGCAUUUUCACUUGUUGUUCACUUUUCACUUUGUGUUUUAAAGAAUUACCAAAUAAUAAUAAAUAGCCGAGGCAAUUGAAUAUUUUAUUUCUGGGACACUAUUUUUUUCCAGGGUGCACUUCACUCCGCGACUGGGGUACCAAUCAAUCCGAAAUCAAUGCUUCUCCGCAAUGUCGAAACGCUAAACAUCAGCAUAAAAAAUCCUUAUCGAAAUUUUUUACUUUCAAUAGUGCAUCGUGUCAGCUCGUCGAGAUGAGUCGAUUGCCGCAUCGCCGACCAUCAACAGGCUAAAAGUGACUGCUUCACGGACAUUAUGCGAGAGCCGGGGUGCUAUGGUACCCCGGGGUACCGCCAUAAGGUUCAUUUUAAGAACACUACUUUCAGCGGUUUCAGAUCUCCCACAAAAAUAAAAAACAAAUCCCAAAUUUGGCCCACAAAGGGGGCGAAGGGGGUCAGUGGCGUAGCCAUCGAUUCUGCAGGAAGUGCAACUGCACCAGGGCCCACACAGGAGAGGAUCGCUCAGGCGGCAGGUCAUGAAGAGGGGAGGAACUGGACAGGGUGCCCCAUUUCAUUACCUGGGCCCAGUGCCCAGGUAAUGAAAUGUUGCCCACACGAUCCAGCUGCGAUGACAAGGUUACGUCAAUGCUCUCUCUCCCCUUGUCAUUCGGGGGGGGGGGAUGAUAUGGCCUAGCGGUAGCACGCUCUCCACCUCAUUCAGAUGUCCACGGUUCGAAUGCAGCGGCCACCCCUGAUUAAUACUGAGGGUGAGAUAAUUAUAAGAAUCAUCAUAUGCGCCAUCAGCUUUGGAGUGGACGUUCCAGAUCCCCUUACAUCAUCAUUCACAAGACUAGGCCAUUGGGUGCCAGUUUUAAGAUCCACAUUUUCUUAUCAUGAAACUAAUCUGCAACUUACUCCAUUGGGAUUAAACGUAAGCAAUCGGCCCCAAACUGGCAGACUAAUGCCCGUUUGCAGGCCAGGUACCGGGUCACCUUGUGCCAACAGGGCCAGCUGCUACUGGGGCUGCCCUGUCGAAUGUGUUGAGAUGAGAUGUGACGUGAAAGGAGGGCGCUAUUAUAAACAAAAACAAAUUAAUCCUACAAUUACUCUACAUUCACUUGUUCUACUCUAUAUUCACAUGUUGUACUUAAGAGCAGAGAUCCUUGCAUAUUCCUACAAUACCCUUAUAUCUCAAGUAACACUUUUAUCUCACGUUACAGUCCAACUGAUAUAUUCGUUACAUUAUACAUGCUGCACUAUUUCUUUAAUUAAUUUGCCAUGUCUACAUAUUUGAAUGCCUCAAUAGUAUGCCCCGUACAGCAUUGGUCAACUUAUUCCUGGCCUUAGCCCAGUAUCUGUGAAUCCCUUAAGGUCACUGCUCUUGACGAAUUUUCAGGAGGGUGGUGGGGGGG